GCGUCUUCGCCCCUCACUAUCAUGGACGUCUGCUUUGCCCCUCCGACUGACAAUACGGACACACAGUCUGAGGAAGACAAGUACAAGAGCUCCGGCUCGGGCUGCGAGCUGCCGGAACUCAAGAUGGCUGCGACUCCCGCCGCGGGACGUAUUUCGCAUCGCCGCCUUAUGUUGCGUAUCGACUGCCGUAUCCUGCCGCUAUUCGCUGGUCUAUAUGCCUUUUCCUUGAUCGACCGAAUAAACAUGGGAUCGGCGAGGACGGCUGGGAUGGGAGACGAUUUAGAGCUAAACAAAGGAGCGCGCUACAGCAUAGCUACGUGCAUGUACUUCAUCCCCUACAUCCUAUUUCAGGUUCCAGGAAAUCUAUUACUACGGAAGUUUGGCGUCCGAGCUUGGUUAUCGGCUAUCGUCGUCGGUUGGGGCGCGGUCCAGAUUGGAAUGGGCUUCGUGUCAUCUUGGGGGUAUCUGACGCUCUGUCGGGUGUUGCUUGGUGCGCUAGAGGCCGCCUUCUUCCCGGGCCUCGUUAUGGUCAUCUCAACCUGGUAUACCAGAUAUGAAGUCCAGACAAGACUUGCCAUCUUCUACCUCUCGUCCCUUGCGACCGCGGGCUUUUCACAGAUCCUCGCUUACGGCCUGAACAUGCUGAACGGCAAGGGCGGCCUCCACGGCUGGCAAUGGAUUUUCAUAGUCGAAGGCGCCGCAACGGUGUUGCUCGGCGGGCUCGCCUUCUGGCUGCUUCCCGAGUUCCCCGACCGCAACACGUUCUUGACACCGGAGGAGACGGCGUAUGUGCUGAAGCGCAUAGAGGAUGAUCGCGGCGAUGCGAUGCCGGAUGCGCUGACACUGCAUACGGUCCUGCGGCACCUGAGCGACUGGACGUUGUGGGCGUACGGUGUCAUGUUUGCUUGCGCGACGAUACCGUCCUACGCAUUAGCAUACUUCGUAUCGGUGAUCUUGCAUGGGAUAGGAUAUAGCAGGGCGCAGGCGCUCAUUCUGAGCGCUUUCCCAUACCUUCCUGCCAUCGCAAGCGCUGUGCUAUUCGCACGCUUGGCCGAUAGGUACAAGCGUCGCGGCAUCUUCAUCGUCGCCCAAGCCCUCAUCACUAUCGUCGGACUGUCAUUAAUGGCGUUCGCGAGGCAGAACUCUGUAAGAUACUUCGGGACGUACCUCGCGACUGCAGGGUCGUCAGGAUGCAUACCAAAUAUUCUGUCAUACGGGUCCAACAAUGCCGUGUCGCAGAGCAAGAAGAACGUGCAGACCGCGUUAACGGUGACCUUUGGCGGCGUCGGAGGAAUCAUCGCUUCCAUGGUAUAUCGGGAGGCCGAUUUUCCCGACUAUGUUCCCGGCUUGUGGACGACGAUCGGUGCACAAGUCGUGCUGAUCCUGCUGGUCGGCGUUACCUCCCUACACUUCCGUCGCAUGAAUCAGCUGUCGCGGGCAGGAAGGCUGUCGCACCCUCUCGAAGGCCAGCCGGGCUUCUUCUAUACGUUAUAAUGUAGUCAAUCAACAAACAUGCACGGUCAGAAAAGAUCUAGGGCGGUGUUAGAGAUCGGGCAUCAGCCUCGCGCAAGGGCGACAUAGUGCAGACAUUGUUCUCGGCGGCUUCUGUCCCCGUAUGGUGAGUGUUGUCGCCGUCGAGGGUGUCGUGACUGCCUCAUGGGAUGCAUGCGCACCCAGGGUCCC